GAGUCUUGCUCCAUUCCAUCCAUUUCCCUUUUCUUUUCUUUCAUCCUUUCUCUCUCUCUCUCUCUCUCUCUCUCUUUGGCUGAAUAUUUCAAACACAACCUCAUCAGAAAGUUGUAACGAGUUCCGGCACUGUAGACAAUACGGCAAAUGACUGGACAUCAGGAACAAGAACAGCAUCCUCUGCUCCAUGUCAACAACAACAACAACAACAACAACGAUGUAGGACAGCAGGACCUUACUGACAAGCCAAGUACUUCUGGUACACAGUCAACUUAUAAGAAACGCGCUCAGGAUAGAAGUACAAACCCACCAUUAUGGUACAAAAAGGAGUUCUACAUCUAUUACUUUGCCUUUGUCACCAUUGUUCCAUACAUGUUCAAGACAGCACAUGAUGCAAGCUCCGAGUCAAAUCCAAACUAUGAGAAAUACAAGGACUUGCUCUCGGAUGGCUUUUUCGGAUACAAAGUGGAUAAUAGCGACGAACAAUACGCCAAUUUCCGCAACAAUCUACCAACCCUUACACUCGUCUGCUGCUUUUAUCUUCCUUUCAGCCAUUUAUUCCGCCGCAUCUUUGUGCCAGUGACACCAGUAAAGUCACCUCUCCAACCACUGUACCGUACCUACUUUUUCCUAGCGUUUUCGAUACUUUAUCUAUACUUCAUGUAUGGGAACAGUAUCCUCAAAAUUGGAACCAUUGUCAGCAUUAACUAUGCCAUUGCAAAACUGGGUGGAUCGUCUCGAUUGAUGCCAGCAUUAACAUGGAUUUUCAACAUAUCCAUUCUCUUUUUGAAUGAGAGCCAUCAAGGAUACAAAUUCUCCAGUCUGCAUGGAUCUUUAGCAUGGCUAGAUAAUCAUAGCGAUAUGUACGGUCGCUGGGACGUCAACUUCAACUUUACUAUGCUUCGCCUUGUAUCAUUCAACCUGGAUUAUUAUUGGUCUCUUAAACAGAAAAGGGAGAACAUUCCGAAAGAAGAGCGCGAAAAAGGAGUCAUGACCGACAAAGAACGUGUCAAUACACCUACAUUUGCAGAGGAUUACAACUUUAUUUACUAUCUUGCCUUUGCGCUUUAUGCACCUCUUUAUGUUGCUGGUCCCAUCAUGACCUUUAACGAUUUUAUUUCCCAGCUUCGCUAUCCAAAGCAUAUAACAUCAAAGGCACUAUCCAUGUGGGUCAUACGUCUCAUCAUUUGUCUAUCAACUAUGGAGUUUACAAUGCACUACAUGCACAUGGUGGCAAUCAGCAAACGUCAGGCAUGGGAAAACGAUCCUAUUCUUCAGAUUUGUAUGAUUGGGCUUUUCAAUUUGAUCCUUAUUUGGCUUAAGCUGAUGAUUAUCUGGCGUUUCUUCCGGCUAUGGGCGCUGCUGGAUGGCAUCGAAGCUCCAGAGAAUAUGAUCCGAUGUGUUGUCAAUAACUAUUCCGCAUUGGGAUUCUGGCGUAGCUGGCACAAGAGCUAUAAUCUUUGGAUUUUGCGGUACAUUUACAUCCCACUUGGUGGCACACAGUACGCUAUUUACAAUAUCUGGAUUGUCUUCACAUUUGUUGCAGUUUGGCACGAUAUCAACCUGAAGCUAUUGGCCUGGGGAUGGCUAAUUUCUUUAUUCAUUCUUCCCGAGAUCAUUGCAAGCAAAGUAUUUUCCAAGAAGAAGUGGGGCAAGUGGCCAUACUACCGCCAUUUAUGUGCAGUAGGAGCAGUGAGUAAUAUCAUGUUGAUGAUGAUAGCAAAUUUGGUGGGCUUCUGUAUUGGCGUAGAUGGAAUGAAGAUUAUGUUACACGAUCUCUUCUCAACUCUGCAUGGUUGGUUGACCAUGUUUUGCUGCUUUGGUGCGAUUUUUAUCUGUGCCCAGUUGCAAUUUGAGGUUCGUGAAGAAGAGAAGCGGCGUGGCGUCUUUUUGAACUGCUAAUAUAAGCAAAGUAGAGACAAUAUGGAUCGAAUAAAUGCGAG